CCCCCUUUGUUUCACGGUAAAGUCCUCAACAUCCGACCGCUGAAAGGCAUCGUUGUCAAACGAACAAACGUACAGACAAACAAACCCUGUCCCAACCCUCUAGCGGAAGCAAUCAUACUAUAGGCGGUAUUAGUGAUGGGACGCAGUCAACGACGCUCCAGACAGCAGGGCAGUGGUGAGGGCGCUUUACGCCGGAAGCUAGUAAUUGUUGGCGAUGGUGCUUGCGGAAAGACUUGUCUUUUGAUGCGCUUCAGCAAAAACACCUUUGACCCAGACGGGUACAUCCCGACCGUGUUCGACAAUUAUGUGGCCGAUGUACACCUACCCGACGGGCGAAACGUCGAAUUGGCACUGUGGGAUACGGCCGGCCAAGAGGACUACGAUCGUCUCCGCCCAUUGUCUUAUCCGGACUCCCAUGUGAUCUUGAUAUGCAUUAGUAUUGAUUCACCCGACUCCUUGCAGAACGUCUACGAGAAGUGGAUUCAGGAGGUCAGACACUUUUGCCCAGGGCUGCCAGUUGUGCUGGUGGGGUGCAAGAAGGAUCUACGGAACGACGAGAGAACAAAGAGACGGCUGUGGGGGGAGGAAGGUGGAAAGAUGCCAUUGACCGAGGAGGAUGGGAGGAAUGCGGUAAAGCAAUUGGGGCUGACGGCCUAUAUCGAAUGUUCGGCGAAGACCAAUGAUAACGUAAAGACGGUGUUUGAGGAGGCUACUAGGGUCGCUUUGAACAGUCCUAAGCGGACCUCCAAAGGAGGGUGCACGAUAUUGUGAUUGUGUGUGAUUUUCUGAAUAUUGUUGUUGGCUUGAUCUCUCUCUUUUUUUUUUGGGAGGGGGGUUUUCUCAGGAAGCAUGUGAGGGGGACCGCGCAGAGGAGGUUGUGUUCUUUACCGGUUGGUUGGUUGGUUGGCAAGUCAAGAUAUGUUGACUGAAAGUAGUUUUACCCAUCAUGGUUUUUUUUUUUUUUUUUUUUUGAUGGUCAUUGUUUGUUUACGCUGUAACUAGUAUGGUACAAGUAUAAUUGACAUGGUAGGUAUCAA